UUACGGCCAUUACUCUCAAAAAUAAAAAUAAAAUAGUAAAUAAAUUCGGUUCUUAUUGUCAUUCUGUAAAAAUCCCUAUUUUAAUUGAGGGGUUGGGAUCUUUGGAGGAACAGCGAAUCCUGGAUGAUUUUUUUUCCCUUAAAAAGUUUGGUCAAAUUCUUCGAUUCCCCUUUCUAAAAGCGGGAGGCGGAUGAUCUGGACAGAAUAGAAAACAAAAUCCCAGAUUUCUAUUUUCUCGUGUUAAGUUUGCGGGUUUGCACCCUCACCCACAACCUUUGAUUCCUCGACGGUUUGAUUCGAUUCGAGUGUUCAUAAUUCCGUUUCUUCGAGCUGAAAUUCGAGUUGGGCCAUCGUGAAUUUUGUUGAUUUCUACCAUCUCGAUGCAAUUCGCUCAAUCAAGAGAAGCCAUUGAUCAUCAUGGCGAGAAUGAAUUGACUGUUCUCUGAGGAUCGCGCGAGUGUGAUGGAGGUUGGAUAGGGUUCAUCUGGAAAUUUGGGGGCAGAUCGAAAGGUUUUGAUUCGAAGCGAAAUGAGGUUUCUGAGCCUCGUCGGCAAUUCUUUCGGCUGUUCCGCUUCCGGCGAACGCUUAGUCUCGGCGGCGAGAGACGGCGAUUUACAGGAGGCGAAGGCUCUUUUGGAUUAUAACCCCAGACUUGUACGGUACUCAACCUUCGGCGUUCGUAACUCUCCUCUCCAUUACUCUGCUGCUCAAGGCCAUCAUGAGAUAGUUUCUCUGCUGGUGGAGUCAGGAGUGGAUAUCAAUCUCCGGAAUUACCGUGGUCAGACGGCUUUGAUGCAAGCUUGUCAACACGGUCACUGGGAGGUUGUUCUGAUACUGAUUCUUUUCGGCGCAAAUAUUCACAGAUCAGAUUACCUAAAUGGAGGCACGGCCUUGCACCUCGCCGCUCUAAAUGGUCACCCGAGGUGUAUAAGGAUCCUGCUUUCAGAUUACAUACCCAGUAUCCCAAACUGCUGGAGGAUACUGAGGGAUACAUCAGAAAACGAUGAAUCAAUCACCGAGUUCAAUAAAAGUGCUCUCCAUGAUGUGAUCAACAGAGCAGCUGAUGGGGGCAUUACUGCUUUGCAUGUGGCUGCUCUGAAUGGGCAUGUAGAAACGGUGCAGUUACUCUUGGAUUUGGGAGCUUCUGUGACUCAGGUCACUGUUGACGAUGGUUCCACAAUCGAUCUAAUAGGUGCCGGGAGUACAGCCCUCCAUUACGCUGCCUGUGGAGGUAACAUCCAGUGUUGCCAGCUUUUGAUUGCUCGAGGUACCAGUUUAACUGCGGUAAAUGCCAAUGGAUGGACGCCUUUGAUGGUAGCUCGCUCGUGGCACCGGAAUUGGCUCGAGCAAAUUCUGGACACAAUUGCAGAGCCUCCUCAGCGUCAUCCGCCAAGCGUUUCCUCUCCAUUUAUAUGCCUUCCCCUCAUGAGCAUUGUCAAGAUCGCACGAGAAUGUGGCUGGCAGAGAAAUGACUGUCCGACUCCAUGUCGCGACCCAUGCUCUGUUUGUUUGGAGAGAAGAUGCACCGUUGCAUCAGAAGGAUGUGGGCAUGAGUUCUGCACCAACUGUGCUCUGUACCUCUGCACAACAAACAUGGCCACUCAUGCAUCAUCAUCGUCAUCAGCAGCAGCAGGAGGAGGUUCAGUCCCAUGCCCAUUGUGCCGACAAGGUAUUGUCUCGUUCUCCAUGCUUCCCGGAACAAGAACAUCAUCGGCUGGUACAAAAGAGACCGCGAGAACGAGCCUGUCGUUGUCGUUCUGUACGUGUUCCAGCGAAGUCCUAGACACCGCUCUCCUCACAAAUCCGCCCUAUAGCUGCAAGCCUCCUCCUCCCCCGGUCGGAUCAUCCUUCCGGUCACUCAGCUGCCAUCGGUUUGCACCCGGUCUCUGUCUCGGCGGCCCAGAUGCUGUCGAACCGCAUGGCCAUGGCCACGGCCGAUUCACCGGAGGAUAUUCUCGUCCAGGAGGGGUAGGGUUCCGUCGAUCUACGUCCCAGGGCGAAGGGAAACGUUCUUGGUUCUCUGCUCUUAACCAAUGCGUCACCAUGGAAAGCGGAUGCUAGGAAAAUUUGUCUCCUGUCUCGUCCAGGUCUUUGGAUUUUUUUUAUUUUAAAUUUUUUUUUUUGGGAAAGGGUUAAAUAUAAAUAAUAUUAAUGUAUUCUUUUAUGAUUUGUUUCUGAUGUAAUGUAUCUCCAAGUAAUAUUGCUGGAAACUGCGUGAUAUGUUCUUGUAAAUAUCUAAUAAUUCUUUUUAUGGGGCUC